AUGUCACAGAUCGUGGAUCAUAAUUAUUUUGCUCUACCCGAAUGGUAUAUAAACCUUGAGAAGAGGGCAGAAGAGGGCGAAAGAGAACAAAUGAUCGUAUUCGAUCGCUCCUUGGAAUCGUGGUUGGAUUCCGCACAGAAGUCUCAUCAGAAAUCGCAGAAAGCGGAGAACUUCGCCUACGCGGCCUACUUCCUCAUCGGUUCAUUCUGUUCCGACGGAGACAUCCAUGUUGCACAUGCGGCUCGUUGUCCGCUUCCAGCCACUGCUACUGACGGUGCUGGAGAUGCCCUGAGCAGAACUCUUGAUGAUGAAUGGCUGGCUGAUAACGCAGAAAAAGUAACAAGAAUACUGCCGGGUGGGAUCCACGUUGUCGGGCUACUAUGGCUAUCCGAGAGGAAGCUUUAUAAUGAGCAGAAAGCGAUGCUCACAAGAGCGCUGGGUAGGAUUCAGCGAACUAACAAUCUGCUAACUACACUGAGUCUCAGCUCAGUGUCAGACCACAUGGCGUUGGUCUUUGUUGAGUCGCCGAAUGGUAAGCCAUCUGGACUGGUCAUCGAUAUAGUACGUAGAGGUCCAGACUCGCCUACAAAGGUGUCUUUCAGUGCGCUCGAGUGGGUAUCUGUUAUAUCGAAUGCAGCUGCCAGAAUUUGCUUCAACGUGCCUACAAGAACGAAGCAAUCCCACUUUUUCACGGAAUUUCUCGCUUCAGUUAGACCAUUUGCUCAAAAUCUUUUGAGCUGUCCUCUGAUCUUGAUCAAUGGGGAAGUACGCGACGGCUCCGAACAACUUUUCAAAGACUUGAAGAAGAAAAAGGCAGAUUCGGUGGAAGUGCAGAUGUUCAUAGACACAUGGGAAGACAAAGAGAACAAGGAGAACAUAUGUGAAACACAGCAAGCUACCAAUCUUCAUGAGGUCUCUUUCGAUAUCGAGAUCCGUGCCGCUGUUCCGUCUCGAUCAAAAGUAGAAGCAGUUGUGGAUGCGGUAAAGCACCACUUGCUGAGGAGCUUGACUGCAAGAGCAGAGCUUCAGUACGAAUCAAUGGAGAUCGUCGAAGAAGGCAGCGCAGCACCAUGUUCUGUGCAUCAGAUGCCGCGACCGGCUACCACUGUACUUCCCAAUCAUCCAGCAAUCCUCCUUUCGGAUUAUCUGUUCGAGGCAGACACAACUGAAGAUGCUCAGAAGAAUUUUGACGAGUUGUUGGGACUAAAAACUAGUGUCGAGCAUAUCGAUGAAGGAUGGGAGCGAAGUCUCGAGAUAAAUGAGAUGGAGACCGUGCGAGCACCGCUUGAUGACACACCGGUCGUGAAUUUUAGGCCAAAAGACAAUGAUAUCGGCUCAAUCUGGACAUUACUAAUAGCUUUGGCAGGGAUUAUAGCUAUUGUUGCUAUAGUUGUGUAUUUCGCUAUAAGCAGAUGAUUAAAUCACGUUUUCAUCACAUAACCGGCGGGUUUAGGGAGGACCUGAAAUUGUUUGUUUCCAUACUAUGCAUGUACCGACACAUCAGCAAAAGCGAUCGAGUGGCUGGUCGCAAGGGCAUUUAGUGAACUUCGCAAAUAACCAAUAUUUCUCAGGAAUUUUUGAGUUUCAAACUAGCU